AUGGAGACGAAGGUCACCCUCAACAAGGACUGCUGUGACGACCUUGGAAGGUUCCACCUUUCAGUCUGUGGCGACCACGGCGUCGGUAAGCGCACCCUUAUUUCCAGAUUACAGGAACUCUGGAAGGAGACGGUAGACACUGUGUCCUUGAAGACGACCUAUGACGCUUAUGGCAUCGCAGAUAUGGAGCUGGAUAUAACCAGACGGGACACCUCAAGUGUAGCGUCUCUGGGAAGAGUUCCUUUAAGUGAUGCCUAUCUCCUUGUCUAUUCCCUGACGGAUGCUGCCUCCUUCUAUUCCGUGGUUGCCGAGCGGAACAGUCUCCUUGACCAGCAUGGGGAAACUGUUCCUAUUGUGUUCGUGGCCAACAAGGUGGACAUCGCUGGACCUACCGAGCGGGUGGACAGUGUGACCAGGGACCUGAGUAUCACGUGCCUCUGGGAGCAUGGCAGCGUCAAAGUCAGCGAUGAAGAAGCAGCGUCAACGAUGAAGCCGGUCAUCGUCAACGAUGAAGCAGCAGCGCCAAAGUCAAUCUUGAAGCAGCAACGUCAAUGA